AUGGUAAAUAAUUGGGUGAUGGGCAAGCCGAAACACUUGCGAUCACCAACUUGGUUGCAAAAGAUCCAAAAAGGCAAUUGCUUCGAAUGCGCGACAUUUUUAACGAGUUUGUUACUAGGACAAGGAUAUAACGCAUUCGUGGUAAGCGGCUACGCGUCUAGGGAACAAACUUUACGCGACUUGACGAAAACAUCGUGCCCCUACAUACGGCAACCAAAACCACCGCCUCUCUCGCUGAAGAAACAAACAAAAAUUUCCAAGUAUAAACUCAAACCGCCUGUAGAAUAUAAAAGUAAAUUUUUGGCAGAAUUGGAACAAGAAACGGAAAAGAAAUUUCAAGAGAAAUUACAACGGCAAGAAAGGGAGCAGCAGAGAUUGAUAAAAGAGUUAGAGCAGCCUCCGUUGGAUAAAUAUUGGGGAUACAGAAUACAUGCUUGGGUAGCGAUUUUACCAGAGUUGGGUGGACUUAGGGAUCAGGAGAUUUCCUGGCCACUUUUUAUCGAACCUUCGACUGGCGUAUCUUAUAAACCGUCGACCGGUAACGCCGACGAGCUGUAUUUGGGCGUAGAGAGUAUAUGGAACGAUCAGAAUUAUUGGGUGAACAUGCAACCGUUCUCAAAAUCGUGUGCAAACAUAGCGUGGGAUUUAACAAAAGUCGAACUAUGGGAGCAUGUGCUUCCUGGAGAACCGUGGACAAUGCGGGGAAUAGGAGAGGCGAUCGAUGAAGAUUCUGCCAUAUUACAAGAGAAACAUUUGGACAUGCCUUUCUCCUAUGUACAGGAAAUAAACAUUAGCGAUCAAGAAUAUGAAAGACGAUACCCAAACGGCGCAAAAACGAUAUUUUAUAAGAAAACGAAAGUUGAACUUUACGCGCCGUACAUCCAACCAAACGGUUUGAUACAAAGGAUCACUCUGUACGACGAUUACGAUUACGCGAUUCCUGUCCAAGUUCAAGAAAUUUACGCAAACAGAUCGGAUAACCUCGUGGAAUCGAAAAAGGAUUUAACCGACGAUUCAGUUGUAGAUUAUUACGACAGAGGUCGCCCGGAUCACUGCAAAGAACACCGAUAUUUCGAAAAUGGUUCCAAUAUGGUGGACGCCGAACGGACCUUGCAUUUUUACCAUGUCGCCCGUAUCGACGGCCUGUCGCAAUUCGAGAUGCACCCGACUUAUUUAACGCAACAUUUUAUUAAUCGUGAUGACCUUCUGUAUUAUCGGCAUGUACAGUUUUGUCCAGAAAAGAGCAUCCCUGUGUUGAACGAUAUACAUUAUCGAUAUAUCUGGGAAAUCAUUGAAAAGUUUAAUAGAAACGAAAGGAUCAAAGCCAAUAAGAAUAUAGCAAUUCGCGAAUUCGCAAUCGGCGAGAACGAGAUACGUCUUACGUAUCAUUAUAAGCCGGAACAGUAUUCCAGAGCUACUAGAAUGUACGUAAAACCACCGUUGGCAGAAAGGGGUGAUCGACUUGUUCUAAAUCCUACAAUGAUGCAAGCAUACAACCCUUUGGACGAACCCGACAAGGCUCUCGAGUUAUUUUACGAAUUAGAAACGCAACUGAAGGAAGAGGAUCAAUCUGUAACUCACGUUAGAAGCGCUGAAGUUGAAGUGUUCAACUUCAUCUCAACGAGAGAGAACGAGUACACAACGCCAGAGCUGUUAACGUCUGUAUUCGACAAGUACAGAAACGAAGGAUCUCUAACAGACAUCGAUUGGGCGCGUGCACAGAGCGAAAAAGACAUCACGCAAGACGUGGAUUAUUUAAAACCAUAUUUAGCGCGUAUAGGAAAUACAGAAGAGAUAUCCAAAGAUCGCGCAUAUUUAUUGCAACACGAGUGUCUCAACGAUUACAAACAACUACUUGUACAGAGAGCAAAUAAGAUUUUACGUAAAUUUGACGAAUAUUCACAACAGCUGGAGAAAAUGCAAACGUUACUAACGCAGAGCGAAAAUUUAACCCGCGAAGAAGAAGAAAAGAUAUUGGAGGAAAUGAAUGAGAUAAAUUUCAUCUUGAUAACAUUGGAGACCAGAUUAAAUCGUCAUAGAGAUUUAGUUCCAGUACGAUACAGAAUGUUAGUGAAUCACUUACAACGAAGCCCGCAUCUCGCAUUACUCCAAACCAAUUCGAGAUGA